UGCCUGGAAGCACCAACCGAUAAUAACUACUGUUAAUAUACCUACCACCGUGAAAUCCUACCAAAUUACAGCUCUGUACUUUCUUUCUCUUCAAUCUGUAUAAACCAAUCGUCCCCAUUAUUACGAUUCUUAUCCUUCUCGACAGCAAACACACUGAUUGGUCCACUCUUACUCCUUUUUUGUGGAAGCUACAUGACAUUUUGCAUCAUUGCACAUUAAUUCAAACAACCAUUCCUUGCUGCAAUUUAUGGGUUGGGGUAAUAUCACUUCAGUCAUAAUACAGAUUAACAUGAAAUGAAAGAAAUGACCAUUAUAAUAGCCUUGUAAAAUUCAGAGUACCAAUGGCGAUUCCUCUCUUCUCCUCAGUGGCUUCGGCAAUAAAAUGAGAUUGAUGACUAUCUCUACCAACGUAUUUAAUAUGAUCAUUGUAUGACCUUUUGUAUAAUCCAUUUCUGUCUUACCCAUUUUCGCAUCACAACUCCAAAAGCUAACUUGUUGGGGUUCUCUUCUAGGUAAACAACUUGUAUCAACAUCGUGCAUGAAAACAAAAAUUGCUUUGGUUGAGAUACUAUCAGGAUCUUAUGAUGCGGUGAAGAAGGCUAUAUUGUUUCCCAGGCAUUGUCAACCCCCAAUCAAUUUGAUGUGGGUCAUUGCUCUCUUACCAUCUAAAUUAAAUAGGAAGCUCAGGUUGGCCUCUUUUAUAGCUUCACUUGACAAUUUCUUAGAGGAGAUAAAAUCACGAUUCACAAUUCUAGAACAACCACCUCAUAUAAUACAAUCUUAUGGAAACAACACUAAUGAAGCACCCAAAUUACAAUUCCGUACAUGUUUCCUAUGAGGGUGUGCAUAUGCAAAUUAGGAAAAAUAUAAUGCUUAAGGAGAGAGCUUACUUGGCACCCGACUUUGAUGAGCAAAAAUCACGUCAAUAAAUUCCAGGUGGAGAUGUCCAAUCGAUCGGGUCUAGACAUGCGUAUAUAUCAGCAUGCUAUACUAAAAAUACAAAGAGUUCGGUUUGUCCUUCCCAUGACAACAUAUUCUCACCAUAUAUUUAUUCCUUGCAGAGAGAAGGGUAUCAAACCAUCUUGUAUCUGCUCCAAUUAUGGCUAUCACUCGUUUUUUUAUAUUGUAGUAAUUAGAACCCCACUUUUAAAUCUGAAAGCAAGUGACACUGCCACAAAACAUCAUAUUGUAAAAACUUAUCUACAAUCAUGAGGUUAUUUCACUCAAAAGAAACCAUGUUUUAUAUGUUGAAGAUCAGCAUUAUAGGUUGAAUAGUUUAAUUCGAAAAUGAUCUCAACUCUUACAUAUAAAUUUUGUGUAAAAGUGGUAUGAUUGAAGCUAUUCCCUAUGUUAACACUAAUUAGAAUAGUCUUUGUUUACUAAAACUAACCACAAAAAUAUUUCAAAUCAGAAAAUGAUGAUACUGAACAGGAGUAUCAUAACAAAAGCAACAAAAAAGUACACUAUUUAUCUUUAAUCAUCUCAAAAGUCAACCUAGAAGAUCAACCAAAUGAACUGAUGUUAAGAGAUCACACAUUACUCUCAAAGAAACUAAAUAACCCAUCAGUUAGCUCUCCAAGCAAGAACACUCAACCUUUCGAUAUUUACCCCUCCGAAAAUUGCUUUGCGUAACAGUAUAGGUGGAGGAGGUUAGGCGGUUGUCGAGUCCGAUGGGAAGGUUUGGAGAGACGACAAUGGUUGAACGUUUAGUAGAUCGGGAGCCCGGAACACUGUUUAUUUUUAAUCAACUCAAAAGUCAACCUAGAAGAUCAACCAAAUGAACUGAUGUUAAGAGAUCACACAUUUCUGUCAAAGAAGCUAAACAAUCCACCAGUCAGCUCUCUAAGAACACUCAAACUUUCUAUAUUUACCCCUCCGAAAAUUUCUUUGCGUAACAAUAUAGGUUGAGGAGGUCAGGCGGCUGUCGAGUCCGGUGGGAAGGUUUGGAGAGACGGCGAUGGUUGAGCGUUUAGUAGGUCAGGACACCAUUUAGACCCAUUUACAUUAGUUGCGCAUUUUCAAUCUGCAUUCAAAAUGUUGUUGCUUUAUGAUAGUUAUAUUAUUUAAGUCUAUGUCAAGAUUUCUGCAUCGCUUCUACACAUUCAAUACUGCAAUUCGACGUGCAAUAUUUGCACCAAUGACAUUAGAAACAAAUUUGUUUAGUGUAACUGAUUAUGUUUCUUGUCUUUUCUCAAAGAGAUCAAGAUUCAAAUCCAAUCACCAAUGUACUUUUCCUGUAAAUAAGAAAAUAAUAAAUGACUGUGAAGACAAAUCUACCCUUUCUAAUUUUCUAUGGAUGCAAAGAUUUUCUAAUGGGGGAAACACCUUUUCAUUUAACUAUUAUAUUAGGUUUAGCGAAAUUAACCUGGGUGGUUGAGCGUUUAGUGGGUCAGAUACUAUUUAGGCCCGUUUACAUUAGUAGCGCAUUUUCCAUCCGCGUUGGGAAAACCAACAACACUCAAUAUUUCCAUAUUUACCGAUCUAAAUUGCUCUAGUGUAACAAUAGAGGCAGAGAAGGUUAGCCGACUGUUGAGUCUGAUGGGAAGUUUGGAGAGACGACGAUGGUUGAGCGUUUAGUGGAUCGGGACACUAUUUGGCCUCGUUUACAUUAGUAGUGUCUUUUCCAUCCGUGUUCGGCAAACCAACAUCUCUUAAACUUUCCAUAUUAACCCCUCUCUUAAAGACACAUGUGCCCCAUAUUCACUCAAAAGUUCUGUGUUUAAAAAUAUUGUUACUUUAUGGUAGUUAUACCAAUUAAGUUUAUGUUAAGAAGUCUACAUCGCUUCUACACAUUCAAGAGUGCAAUUCGGUAUUCAAUAUUUGAAUCAAUGACAUUUCAGUUGCUAACCAUGAUGGAAAAGUCCUGUGAUUUUUUAGAUUUAAGCUUCCUGUAUGUUCUUUUUUGAAAAAGGUCACACAAAUGUGUUUAUUGUAACUGGUUAUGUUUCUUAUCUUUGUUCGAAGAGACCACGGUUCAAAUCUCAUUACUGAUGUAUUUUUUCUGUAAAUACAAGUUAAUAAAUAACUGUGAAGAUGAAUCUACCCUUCCUACUUUCACUCUAGAUGCAGGAAAUUUGAAAUGGGGUUUCAAGUUUUCUCAUUUGGCUUUUAUUUAUUGUGUAGACGUAUACUUGAUACUACCGUUGUAAAUAGGGCUGGCUAUUUGGUCCGGAUUUUUUGGUUUUACCCGAGACCGGACCGGGACCGGAUAGUAAACAACCCAAUCCAAUCUUUGGGCUUGGAUUUGAGGUAAAAAAACCGUUCGGGACCGGAUCGAAAACUGGAUAAAGACCGGAUAAGAGAGCUCAACACCCAAAACUUAAGGGUAAUUUGCAUAAACAGCCACAAACCUUUGCACUUAGUACAAAACUUAACCAACUCCUCACCCUUUCAGGCCUUAGGCCACUCAAAUCCCCACAUGAUCAAUAUAAAUCAAGACUGAAUUGGGACCGGACCGGGUCAAGACUGGACCUGACCAAGACCGGACUGUAUCCAAUCCAAUCCUUGGUCCUUAUAUUUUCAAAAAGACCGGACUGGACCGGAUCAAUUUGGACCAAUUUAACCGGACCGGACCGUAUAGUCACCCCUAGUUGUAAACGAACCAAACCGCUCAGUAGCAGCUCGACGUUCAACUAAGAAAAAAACCCAUCGACACUCAACUCGUCAACAAGCUAAUUUAUUAAAACGAGUCGAGUUUGAGUUAGUUGUUGAUCAGCUCACUAGCUCAAUAAACCUCACAUUCAAAACAAAUAUAUCAAACAAACAAGUUACGAGUCAAAGUUGUACAAGAGCCAUAUAUGACAGAAGAAUGAAUAUUAGCAUGACUAAACCUGACGUAAGACCAUAAUGGCCAUUAGUUGCUACAGCAACUAAUUGUGGAGAACAACAACAACGAUGGAAGAAUAGACCAAUUAUCUGCUACUGUGUCACUACAAUGGCCAUUAAUUACUUGCUCAACAUUCAUGUUCUUCAACUCUAUAUGUAUAUAAAACUAUAUAUAUAUAUUCCUCCUAUUUACUGAAAUCCAUUGCCUUUCCUAGUGGGAUGCCAUUGCCAAUCUCAAGCUGUCCGAUCACUUCCCUAGCUAUUAUACUUAGCCUGGUCGCCUCAAGCUACCUGUAAAAGGGCCAGAUUUCCCCAUAUUCAUAACCCUGCCAGAAACCCGACCCAAUUCCCAAAUCCUCCCAUCUCUUUCUCUUCGGCCUUCGCUUCUACCAAAAACCCUAGGCUAGCAGUAGCAGCGAAAUCGAAAAGGGAAGAAGAACAGCGGUCAGCCGAGCCCGAGCGCCCGAUCGGCGAUCUCUCCCAGACACCGGCCACCGCGACUCGUCGCUUCCAGAUGGCGGAGGCUCGACCUGCGACAGCCGCCGGAAGCAGUUCCCAUUCUCGAAUCGACGAUCGAGCGGAAGUCCAAGCGACGGAAGAACCUCCUUCACCCAAAAAGCAAAAGACCCAAGGCCGACCUGAUCAGCGUGAUGUGGUAGAGCCGUCGCCGUAUGCGCUUAUAAAUCCGGCGUCAGGAGAAGAGAAGCUAGCGGCCGAUCCUAUGGUGGAGGAGGAGGAGGACGAGGAGGAGGACGACGACGAGUUGCCUGUAUCAUUGGAUGAACACGGUCGCAAUCGCAACAGCAAAUUUUAUGAACAAUUGGUGGCAUGUUCGGUGAUUAACCGAGACCCGGAAGAACCAACGUGGUGGUUUGACUCCGAUGAUGAGACCGCAGAAGAACGGGAAAUCACGAGAAAGGAAACCGCUAUGAUUGCCAAAGAAGCCUUGAACUCUUACAACGAGAAGAACAAGGGUGUCAAGUAUGUGCUCGAUGAACCCAAGCGUAGCAGGAACACGCUGUUUCACCUUGCAAUUGUCACCCACUUCAACUUCACGGCCAGGGAGGAGAACAACCCUUCUUCCUCCCCCCACCGGUUUUUCGCAGAGACUGUAAGAUACUAUGGUGGACGUUUGGAAGUUCCGAAUUGCAUCGACAUGGAGAGUUUUGCACCUGGUAGUGAUCAACUCCACAAAGCCUGCAUCUAUUGUCCGGAGGAAAUCGAGCAUCCACCCGAGGAAAAUUGCAUGUACGGCAAGAACACGGUCGAUGAUUGGAAAAAGUUCGAGUACGAAACUGCUGCUCCUUUUCUCACGAGAAAGGAUUGAAGCACGUUGUUGGGAAGGAAUGAGCCUCUUCAGUAUUCAGGCUCUAUAGGCUACAAUAUUGUCUAGUAUUUGAUUCUCCUCAAACUUAAGACUAUCUGUUCUUUCAUUUUACUGUCUAAAGUUGUUACGUACUCUAGCUACUCAGAAUCAGCAGUUCGCCUUGCUCUAUUAGGGUGCGUUUGUUUGGAUACAAUGAUUUGAAUUUGGUAUUUGUGAUUUGGAUUUCCAAAUACCAAAUCAUGUGUUUGGAUAUUAAUUACAUUUGGUAUUUGGAUUUGUGUCAAAUUCAUGGGGUGAUUUCCAAAUACAUGUCUAGUGUAUUUUUUGUCAACUUCAAAUACAUUUCAACUAGUGAUUUGAAAUACCUCCUAACAAUGAAUUUGAAUUACAUGUAUUUCAAAUGCUAAUAUUUCAAAUACAUCCAUUUCAAAUGC